AUGUCAUCAGAGGGUGCUGCAGACAUGCUGCAGCUGCUGGCGGCAAAAUCGGCCGCGGCGCGUCCUGUGUUGCCGCCGCUGCUGCAGCACAUAGCGCCCGUCCGCGCCGGCGUCGCCAUCGCCCACUUCGCCGUGCUACGCAGCACGCUCUGCUGGCAGACGCGCAUGCAGCUCGCCGCCGCCGCCACGCUCGCGUGCGUGGCGCUGCUGACGGUGUCUCGGCGCGUCGCGCCUGGCUGGCGGCGCUUCGCUCUCCUCCCGCCAGUGUUGGUCGUGAACAUUCUGCUGCCGCUCCUCUUCGACGUGCAAUCAGAGCUGAUCACCAGGAUCGCCGUUACGUUUCUCAUGACGUGGCUCGCCAAUUUCAAGGUGCAUGGUUUGGUGGGCGUGUGGAUGGCUCUGGGCCUCGCCGUCAACCGCGGGCCCCUGGCAAUGAACGACUGGGGCUUUGGUCAGUUGGCCCUGCUUUACUCAAUCCCUAUCUACCCCACAGAGAGCCAGUCGGCCGGCAAGUCGGGCCGGCUGGGCGACAGCGCCGGCGGGGGCCGGCAGCUGCUGGUCAGAUUCCUCGCGCAGACAGCGCUGCUUGUGGCGGUUGCCGUGCUGCUCGUGGAGUUCCAGCUGCCAGCGCUCGCCCGAUACUAUGCCCUUGGCCUUUACGGAUUCAUCUCAUUCCUCAUGACCGGCCCCGCCGUGCUGCUGACCGCAAUCGCCGCCAUCGACGUCGUGCCGCCCUUUGAUGCGCCGUGGAUGGUGCGCGACCGGGCGCCGCGAGCCGCCACCGCUCCCGCAGCCGCAGCUGCAGCCGCUUUGCCGUCUGUUUCGCUCGCGGAUUUCUGGGCCCGGAGGUGGAACAACACGGUCGGCUUGACCCUGAGGUCUCUCUGCUAUGACCCCAUAAUUGAGAGCUGCAUUGUGCGGCCAGCGAGCGGUGCCAUCGAGCAGCUAGCAGGUGGCAAGCAGCAGCAGCAGCAGCGGCAGCAGGAGCAGCAGCAGCAGCAGCAUCAGCAUCAGCUCGAGCAGCUGCUGCAGCAGCAGCAGCAGGACUCUCAGCAGCAGCAGCAGCCGUCUGACACAAACAGCGACAAAGUCCAUGCCUCUGUUGCGUUGCGGCCGUCGCGGGCGCGGCGAUUCUGGGGGACCCUGAUGGUCUUUCUCAUGAGCGGCCUGGCCCACGAGCUGGUUUUGGCUUACAUCAUGGCGCCCAAGUUUGUGUGGGGCGCGAGCACGUUCUUCUUCGUACAGGCACCCUUGCUGCAGCUGGAGACCUCAAUCCUGCGGCGCCUGAAGCGGCAUGGGGUCCAGGCCCCCUUCCUCCUGCGCUGGCUCGUCAGCCAGGGAGCCCUUAUGGCGGCAGCCCACCUCUUCUUCUUCCCCGUCCUCGAGUUCCACACCGACACGGCGCAGCGCGUGAGCGAGGUGGUGUCUUCGAACGCGCAGCGGCUCGCGGCGGCGCUCGGCGUGCACGCGGCGGCGUGA